UGUGUGUGUGUGUGUGUGUGUGUGUGUGUGUGUGUGUGUGUGUGUGUGUGUGUGUGUGUGUGUAUGUGUGUAUGUGUGUGUGUGUGUGUUUGUGAGUGUGUUUGAGGCUCGUCGAGCAGCAGGGGGAACUUGAAAACUUCACUGCGUUCAGCGAGGGGAGAUCUGCUACCGGAGGUUUGGUGAUUAGGAGCUGAAAAGGCUGCUCACAGUCCAGCUGUGAUCGACAGAGGAGGACCGGUCCGGUUCUCAGCAUUGGUAACGAUUUCCGGCACAACAUGGAUGAUUUAGAUGCUUUGUUGGCGGACCUUGAGUCCACAACAUCCCACAUUUCCAAGCGCCCGCUCUUCCUGUCUGACGAGACCGCCUACUCCUUCCCUGUUGGGGAUCAGACCCAGCAAGACAUCUGCUCUCCACCUGCUCCCACUGAGCAAACCCUGAACGGACUAGAUGAAACAGAGUCCUUCAGCCCAGCCCAGAGAAAUCCCUGGUCUAGAGAUAGCAGCAGUCCAACCCAACCCACUGGUGAAGAGGACCACGUAUACAGUUUUCCUAAUAAGCAGAAGAAUAGUGAGUCAUCAGCAGUUGCAAUGAACUCAUCUUUGGGCAGCAACCUGUCUGAGUUGGACCGCCUGCUGUUGGAGCUCAAUGCUGUCCAGCAAAGCACUCCUGCCUUUGCCACAGAAGAAGAAGCAGCUCCACCACUGCCUGCCAGCAGUAUCAUCCACCACAUCCACGAGAAUGGAGUCUCUACUGCUGGCAAGGCUGUACCACCUGUGAUGGAGAAGCCCAAACGCAGUGCGACAGCUCGUGGAAUAGAGGAUGUACGACCAAGUGUAGAGAGCCUCCUAGAUGAGCUGGAAAGUUCUGUGCCCUCACCCAUUCCCACACCUUUGGUGGUGUCAGACGAACAAACCGAUGGCCAAGAGGAAACACCAGCACAGCAGCAAGCCAGAAUGUCUGCCUCCUCUGCCACACGUGAGCUGGACGAGCUCAUGGCGUCCCUGUCUGACUUUAAAGUCCAAAGCAAUUCUGGCUCUCAGUUGUCUCUAAAUCAGGAAGCAGUAGACACCUCACUGGUAGCUGGUUCACCAGUUGUCCAAGCAGUAACUGCCCCAUCUAUAAAUUCCCAUGCUGGCUCAGUGGAUACUCUUCUACUUUCUAGUCACACUACUCCCUCCUGCACCCCUGUCCCACUGGAACUCCAUAUAGAUGAAGACGGUUGUUCGGCCCCUUCAACUUCAGCUGGUUCCACUGUAGUAAUUGUAACAUCCAAGUACUCCCAGAUCCAACAGAAAGAUGAUGGUGUCAGUGUUACUUCUGAGAUCUCUCAUGUGAAGAGCCUCAGUGUCUCCAGUACCCAAAAGCCCACAAGUCAACCAGAAGUCAGUUCUACACAGAUAUCAGCCACUAAAGUCAUUGGUUGUAAAGUCUCAUGUCCACCUGGAAAGAGUUUAAGUCCAAUUACUGUUGGCAGAAGUUCUAGUCCAGGCCCUGCUGCUCAGAGCUCCAGUCAAGUGGUUGUUUCCAAGAGUCCUAGUCCUGUUAUUGUGUCUAAAAACCCCAGUCCCAUUCUUAGAGCCAAGAGUCCUAGUCCACCUGAUCUUAAAUAUUAUAAUCUAAGUCAGUCUUACAAGAGUCCAAAUUCAGUUCCCACUUGUCAUAGUCCAGAAGCAACUGCAAACAAUCAAAGUCCCGUGAUAGUGGCAACAACUACAGGAACAGUGCCAAAGACUGCGAAUCCAGUUACAGUUCCAAGGCUUUCAAGUCCAAUACCAAAAAGCACAAGUCCUGUGACAAUCCCUUAUAUCUCUAGUUCACCAACUGUACCCAACAAUUCUAGUCCUUGCCCAAUAAUACUACCAAGACUUUCAAGUCCAAUAACAGUUCCCAAGAGUCCCGCUUCAGUCAUUAGAAAAACACACACAGUUCCAGGCACUAGCAGCCCCAGAGCUUCACCAGUUUCACUUGCUGCUGUGCUACCAAAUAGUCUGUCUCCCCAACCCACAGAAAAACAGGCAGGCGAGGUACUGGAUUUAACAUGGCCAUGCCGGGAGCCUUUAUUGGAUGAUGCUUUAGACAAACUCUUAGCCCCCAACUCACCCCACUUGGAUGAGAACCAGCCACCUGCUUCUGUUAUGCUUGGAGAUGAAGACAGAUCUUGGGAGGAGGAAGACGGAGUUUACCCCGAUCUGAGCCGAGAUGGAACGUUGACCCCCAUGACUGAGUCCAGCUGGAUGGACGAGUGUUUCACCCCCUCCACCUGCCCCGGGACACCAGAUGCAACGCUGGACCUGCCCGUACAGCAGCCCUCUGCUGUAGAGCGACUAUCUGCUUCUGGCCAACUCAAGUCAGUUAUCCACCGCACCAAAGAGACCUCCAAUGUGCAUCCGAUGUACAGGGAGGGACUGCUGCGACGUAAAAUGGGGCCGAUCAUAGUGAAUAAAAGCAACUCGCAAGACCGACUCAUUGAGGAGCUGCAGGGGAAACUGGGGAUAGGGCAAGUGGAGCGCUGCCGCAAACAACAGCCAGAUGAUUGGCUGACGGAGGGAGUCAUCGUCAUGUCCAACCCACAGCGAACACGUGAAGAAGUGGCCCAGCCAUCUAAGAUCAUCCUCCCUCCUGAAUCACCUGCCCCACAGAGAAAAGUCCUGUCCCCUCCACAAUCUCCCCCAGCACCCAAAAAGCUACGCCCAGUUAAGCAGACUCCUCCGCCACUACCUCCUCCCCCUCCGACGCCUCCUCCUCCUCAAGAACCCACCCCUCCACCCCCCAAAGAGCCAACUCCUCCCCCAAGGGAGCCCGCACCUCCCCCUGUCCAGCCCCCCCCUUCACCUAGCCCCCCUCCUAAACCUGUCACGCCACCUCCGCCUCCACCUCCACCUCUGCCUCCCAAAAUCUUUGUAUCAGUGGGAUGUCAGACCGAGUACGACCCCAUCUUCCCACCAAUGCAGAUCCAGUCCCAGGGAAAGACAUCUCCUACCGCGCCAAAACCAGCCAACAAGCUGGACAACAUGCUGGGAAGCCUGCAGUCAGACCUCAACAGACUCGGAGUCCAGACUGUGGCUAAGGGUGUCUGUGGCGCCUGCAAGAAACCCAUUGUUGGACAGGUGGUGACUGCCAUGGGCAGAACGUGGCACCCCGAGCACUUUGUGUGCACCCACUGCCAGGAGGAGAUAGGCUCCAGGAACUUCUUUGAGCGAGAUGGACAGCCUUACUGUGAGAAAGACUACCACAGCCUGUUCUCACCACGAUGCCACUACUGUAAUGGACCCAUACUGGAUAAAGUAGUGACUGCUUUGGACAAGACUUGGCAUCCAGAGCACUUUUUCUGUGCCCAGUGUGGAGCCUUUUUUGGACCAGAAGGUUUCCAUGAGAAGGAUGGGAAGGCGUUUUGCAGAAAGGACUACUUUGACAUGUUUGCCCCUAAAUGUGGUGGCUGUGCCCGUGCCAUCCUGGAGAACUACAUCUCUGCUCUCAACUCUCUGUGGCACCCUGAAUGCUUCGUCUGCAGGGAGUGCUUCACGCCAUUCAUAAACGGCAGCUUCUUCGACCACGAGGGCCAGCCGUACUGCGAGGCGCAUUACCACGAGCGACGCGGCUCGCUGUGCUCUGGCUGCCAGAAGCCCAUCACCGGCCGCUGCAUCACGGCCAUGGGCAAGAAGUUCCACCCGGAGCAUUUUGUGUGCGCUUUCUGCCUCAAGCAGCUUAACAAAGGCACCUUCAAGGAGCAGAAUGACAAGCCCUACUGCCACGGCUGCUUUGUUAAACUCUUCAGUUAGACUGCGUUUCUGUGUGUGAAUGUGUGUGUACACGUCUGCAGACGUUUAUUCUCGUGUCUAAAUGCACAUGUGAGUGUGUGUGCACUGGCGUGUCUCGCACGUAUGAGUCAGUGAGGUGGUUUUCAAGACAGAGGGUGUUAAUGCACUGGUGGAUAACAUCAGAAAGAUGGGAAACGACUGACUAUUGACUCUUGACACUGAAGGGACUUCCCUGGCUGUCCAACCUCUCAGGCUUGGCAUUUCACACUUUUGCUAAACAUUUUUAAGAGAGCCCAAAGAGAUUUUUAUUUAGAGGUUUAUUUCCCCUUGUGCGUGUGUACAUAUAGAUGCGUAUGAGAGAAGUUGCAGGACUUCCUCAGAGCUGUGUAAAUGAUUUUAUUCCCCUAUUGCAGGGCAAGACCUUGCACCAUGUGGUGGUUUUACAGUUUGCAGGUAUGAGACAGCUGCUUGAUUGCAUGGACCACAGAGAAUUGACUUCAUCAGUUUUAAAAUAUGUUGAGUGUUGAAUACCCAGUGCUCGGCCAAUGAGUGUUAAUCUAUGAAAAAGAUGUAUUUUUGUAGCUUUGGAAAUAAUUGGGGUGCCAUUUAAAAUAACCAUGACAACACUCCAUAUGUACAUGCACACAGACACACACUGGACUCCGUCUACACAUCUUUAAAAUACCAGUUCAAACUCUCUGCACACUCCAACCACAGAUCUCUUGAUGAGACCGUCUUAAAGGUGCAUUUUACAAGUUACUGUCAUCAAGAUAUCAGUUCUUAUUUUUCUACUGUUUUACUAUUAAAAAAAAAAAAAAAAAACCCAGAUGUUUUCUCAGUUUCAGCAUGCAGUAAAUUCACGUGUGCUUGUGUAACCUCACUGUUUCCCAUUGGAAGUGAACUCAGUCAUUAGGAAAAUAACCUCACUGAACUUUUUUUUUUCAUGUCGCAACUUGAAACUUUGUUUUUACUUUACUACUGCAAAGUGUGUGUUCAAUUACAUUAAAAAUGUUCAAAUGAAAUAAAAACAUUUCAGCUAGUGAUGACAAAAAUAGGUCAAUCUGUACCGUGAUUAUAAAUGUUUAACUUUUGGUGCAGCUUUAGAUUUUUUUUUUUUUUUUUUAAAAAGCCAAAAAACAAAGUUGUUGAAAAUGAGAUUUACUGCUGUCAGAAGAAUAUUAUUCAGAAUAAAUGAUGCUUCAGUUCAACAUUUUUUCCAUAUUUUACUAUUGCUACUCUUGUGAAUUAAUCGCUGUAUUAAAUCAAUUAAUGAGGCUUGUUCAUGAUUUAAAUUGAGUUGUGCAUUUGGAUUAGAAGCAUGCUACUUUUAUUGUGCAGUUUUAUCAGCCCUAGCUGCCACCAGUUGCUGUUACAAUCAGAAUCUAAAUUUAUAUAUGUUCGACUUUGUGACAGAAUUGUGUUUUGUCACUGUUUUGAUUUAAAAAAUAUAUAUUUUUGAGCUGUUCAGGCUCACACUGAUAUUCAAAGAGCUGGCUCUAUUGGCAAGUGGGCUAACAAUAGUUUACCCUCCUAACGCAAACACACAAACACACACACACACACACACACACUUUACCAGCUUGGAUUCCAGUGUGUCAGACUUCCAAGGAAACGCAGCCCUCUGGGUUUUUAUGAGUCGUGAACUAUGAUCCUGCUGUCUGAGUUGAUAUCGGUGCUUGGCUCACUGAUGGACGAUAGAUAUUAUGUGUUACCUGGUCAGGAAUCAGAAUAUGACACAAAGCCAGAGCCAAACCUUCAGCAAAAUUUAUGUAAUGACUCAUUUCGUCUUCAUUUUACUUAUAGACAUGACAUGAGACGUGUUUUUUGUUUUCCAGUAUUGCUCGUCUUUAAUUUUGAUCACUGGGUGUUCAAGGAAUUAAUACACAGUAUCCACAUUCAGAUUGUUUUUACUUCGAGAAAAUAUUUCUUGUGCUCUUGUGCCAAAUGUGUCAAUGCAAUAAUGUCGUACACACUGUGGAGUUUCAGCCUUUCCUGUGAUUUGACUCUUUCUGGGCUGAACUCUGGAAGAGGCUUCACCUGCUGUGGUGCAUCUUAACUCGAAAACUUGUACACUGUAAUAGACAAAAACCCCUCUGUACUGAGUCAUUCAGCAGACGGUAUAGUGUAGCAGACUAAGAUUUACAGGUAGCAGGGGCAGUGCGGCUGUGGGAAAGACAUUUGCGCCUUCAUUUAAACUGUGUAUGCCUAAGAAAAUGAACAGGAAAUGUGAGUUAAUUUUGCCCCAUGUAUACUUAUCUUCUUACAGUAUAUUGCCUUAUAGUUUUUGCUUCUGUCAAAGAAUUAAUGACAAAAAAAAAAAAAAAAUCCUUAAAAGCCUUUUACUGUUAAUGAGAUUAAGUGAACUUUGCUUUGUAAAUGGAGACAUUCAUGUGAUCUUUUACCAUUUGAAUUUUCUCAUGAGCCACAAAUGGUUUUGGCUCUUUGUAUGGGUUGGUCCUGAUUACUGACUGAUUAAUAUAAGUGCUGCAAAUAAAAUAAGUAUUUCUGGCAUUGUUCUGUCCAAGAGA